UUGUAUACAAAGUAUAGUUAAGAUUAAACUUUUUCAUCUGGGUAAUAUCUAGCUAUUAAAGUUUUGUUAUUUAUUUGGUGGGUUUUACUUUUUUCAACUAUUAAAGGAUACUUUUUCUUGUUUGAUUAAUUUUGAAGAAAUCUUGAAUUCCAUGGUAUAAAAAGCUUGAAACUUUAUCAUUUUUGGUAUUAUUUUUAUAUUUUUUUAAAAAUAAAGCAUGGAUUUGAAGAAAUUUGAAGAAGUAAUAGAUGGUGAAAACAGUAUGAAAAAGACAGAAUCAAGAAGCCUUGGUUCAUCACCAAAAAGUCAACUAAGUGGAAAGUCAAAAGAAAUGGGAAAUAAUAACAAAGAUAGUUUUUUGAGGGCAGAUAAAAUUGAUUUCAAGAGUUGGGAUGUACAAUUGGAUAAACAUUUGAGUAGAGUUUGGUCAAGAGAUAGAGAUAAUAAAGAAGCUGUUAAUUCAAAAAAAGAAGAAUGGGAAAUUGAUUUAGCAAAAUUGGAUAUAAGGAAUGUUAUUGCUCAUGGUACUUAUGGUACUGUUUAUAGAGGUGUUUAUGAUGGUCAGGAUGUUGCAGUGAAAGUAUUGGACUGGGGAGAAGAUGGUCUUGCCACUGCUGCUGAAACUGCAAAUCUUCGUACAUCUUUCCGACAAGAGGUUGCUGUGUGGCAUAAGCUUGAUCAUCCAAAUGUCACCAAGUUUGUUGGAGCUUCAAUGGGAACCUCGGAUCUUAAAAUCCCAACAAACACCUUAAAUUCUGCUCAAAACUCUCUACCAUCUAGGGCUUGUUGUGUUGUGGUAGAGUAUCUUCCGGGUGGGACGCUCAAGAAAUAUCUAAUUAGGAAUUGCAGAAAGAAGUUAUCUUUCAAGAUCGUUGUUCAACUUGCUUUAGAUCUCUCCAGAGGUUUAAGCUACCUUCAUUCCAAGAAGAUUGUGCACCGUGAUGUUAAAACAGAAAAUAUGCUGUUAGAUCUGAAUAGAACCCUAAAGAUUGCUGAUUUUGGAGUUGCUCGUGUUGAGGCUCAAAACCCCAGAGACAUGACUGGUGAAACGGGAACUCUUGGUUACAUGGCACCAGAGGUCCUUGAUGGAAAGCCCUACAACCGCAAAUGUGAUGUCUAUAGUUUUGGAAUAUGCUUAUGGGAGGUAUAUUGUUGUGAUAUGCCUUAUGCCGAUCUUAGUUUUGCGGAGGUAUCUUCUGCUGUUGUUCGCCAGAAUUUACGCCCCGACAUUCCCAAAUGUUGCCCGAGUGCGUUCGCAAGCAUUUUGAAAAAGUGUUGGGAUGCAAAUCCUGACAGGAGACCUGAGAUGGAUGAAGUCGUGAGGUUGUUAGAGGCAAUAGAUACUAGUAAAGGCGGCGGGAUGAUACCCGAAGGCCAAGCCACUGGCUGUUUCUGUUUCUCCAAAACCCGUGGCCCAUGAGUUUUUUGUUUUGUAUGUAACAGACGUUUCAUUUUAUCAUCUUUUCCCAAUAUUUUGCAUAAGUUUACGAGGAUGUAAACCAUGAUUAGUCCCUUCACAAAAUUUGGUCAACUGUCAUUCUAAUGGUAGACAAGCAUGUUGGGUGGUUCCUACCUAUUUGAUUGUUUGCCAUGCAAAUUUUAUGCAGUGACUAUUAUAUGUCCUUUUUGCUGUAUAAAAGUUUAUGUAAUAACUGGUUGCAUGUUAUUUUUGGAUACAUUUUACAUUGCCUAA